UGUCAGUUUGCUUGAAUUAAAGUAUGAAAAAACGAAAUCCUACAAAUUAUUAUGUUAUAAUUAUUGAUUGAAAUGUCGAAGGAAAAUGCUAACUUGCGUCUUUUAGGUUCUCCAGUUAAUCUUUCUUAUAGAAGUAAGAAAAAAGACGAUAAAAAGAAUAUACGAAAUCGACCCCGUUCAGCUCUUCAAAGUUCUUGUAUCACACCGGAAAAUCCGGAAAGAUUUAAACGGCCAUUUUCAGCUGACACUAAGGAAAGAGCUUCAACUACUCGAUCCUUUUUAAAAUCAUUUAGUGCAGAUUUAUUGCAGUCAUACAACAAUGCAUCAACUAAUUUAAAAAUAGUUCCACCAACAACCAUUUUACUUGGUGAUACUAAACCGUAUGAAAAUUUAAAAGCAAAAGCAAAUAAAGAAACUUGUAGUAAUGCCUCAGAUUACGGCUCAGAAGAUACAUUUAUCAGUUUAGGUACGAAGAUUAAAACCAAAGCCCAAACACCACCUAAAAAAGAUACAAACACAAAAGCAUUGAAAUACAGAAACAUUGCAAAGAAGGGACGUAAAAUGGAACAACAAACAAAUGAUGAUAAAGGGAAUGAACACUUCGGUUUAGAAGUUACUAUUAAAGAAAGGGCAAAAUCUCAAUCACCUUGUAGAGAUGUUGAUACAUUUUUUCAUCGAUGUGCAUCACCUUCCUUUAAGAAUAGAGCUUACGAAUCAUAUUUCGUACCUCUUGAUGAUAAAAAUAAAUCCGACCAUAAUUUAAAUGAACGUCAAUUACUUGACUCUGAUGAAUUACGAUUGGAUAUGCAAAAGGAAAUAGACGCAUAUUCUCGUCGAUUACCUUUAACUAAACAACAAUUAUCUUUAGUAGAGGAAGAAUCUACCCAAGACCUUGAAAGUAUCCCAUCAAAUAAUUUACCAAGUUUGUCACCUGAAGCAUCAUUAAUAGAAAAAAAACGAAAUACAAACAAACAAGAUUUUACUAUUCAUAAUGUCAUGACUCAUACAGACAAAAACGAUGACUACUCAAGAAACCAGCAUAUAUCCAAUGAAUCAAAAACAUAUAGAAGCUUUUAUGAAGACUUCAAUAACCAUGAUCACGCAUAUAAAAAUAAUUUUUCAAGUACUGUAAUUCAAACAGAUUCUUCGUCUAAAGAUUCUGGUUAUCCUGAAAGUGUUGUGAAAGAAGAUAAAAAUUAUGUACAAAACUUUUCACUACCAUCUGCCACAGUACUAAGAAAAUCUAGCUCUGAUAAUAACUUACAUGAUCAACCAAAGAGUCUAGAUAGUGCAUCACUUGGAAGUGAUGAAAAAAAUUACCAUAACACCUAUCCCCCUGAUAAAAAGUGGGCAGAGCCUCUGAAUCAUAGUCGUUUGCUUUACAAAGAUUUCUUUCUGAAGAAAGAGGGUCAUUUAGCAGUCCCGCCACAGAAUUCACCAGAUAGACCAGGAAUACAGCAAAAUGAAACGAAUUAUGCAAAUAAAAAUUUAAACGAUGAGAAGGAUGAACGAGAGAUUAGUGAAUAUCCAAAGUAUUUACUAAAUAGUAGUACAAAGGCAUACACUUCUAAAGUAAUUGAAGAUUACAAAAGAGAAAUAGAGGCUAUUAAUAAUUUACAUGAACUUACACUAAAAGACAUAAAAACAGACUCAAUAUCACCUACGCCCCUUCACAUUGAAACUAUGUACGAACAAUCUAAUAAUCAAUGUGAAGAUAAACAUAAUUCUAUUGAAAGUUCCCAAAAGAGUUACGAAACAAGUGACUCGCCGGUAGAAGACAAAAAUUGUGCAAAUAACAAAACGGAUAUUUCUAAAGUAACCACAAGGGAACUAAUUCAGAAUUAUUUUAAAAUAAAACACGAUUAUCCUAAAGGAACUAAAGAGAAUGUAUUAAAAAAUCUAAAGAAGUUUGAGAAGAAACUAAACAACUUGAAAACAGAUAGCAAAAGUCCUAAAAUAGAUUGGAAAAAUAAAAGCAAUAUUAGUAGACCGGGGCAAGAGACAGUUAAACAUCAGUCACCUAAAAAUAUUUUCACAACUAAAAUACCUCUUAGCUCUAGAAUAGAGAGUGUACAAAACGAUAAAGACGUGGAAUCAUGGAUGUCUUUAACAGUUCCAACACCCAGAACUACGGAGACCGUAGAUAAAGCAGAACCUACAACAGAAGUCCCUAAAGAAAACCAGAGAACUACAACACUAGAAGAGGCAUUAACUGAAAAUACUACUCCAAGAAACGUUACACCAACAGAAGAAGUAGUUAAAACAAGGGAAUUAGAUUCUAAAGCCACCGUUCUUGAUAUAUAUUCAAUGUUAAAAGAAAUUGAAAGUUAUGGUGAUAAUCCUGUAACUAAUGAGGAAAUUAAGGAGGAGUUACCAAAAGAUGAAAAUAGAGUUUCAACACCAAAAGAUAAUUUUACGGAAAUUUUUGAAUUUUUAGAAAAGGUUGAACAAAGUGCAAAUGAUGCUUUAUCUGUUGUAACGAAUGCAGCUCCACAAAAUACUCCAAAGUUAGAGGUGCUUCUAAAAUUGCCACACACGGAGUUGGCGCAGCGCGUUGUGACCGCGUCUCUGCAGCUCGAGGAGCGGUCCUGUUGUAUCGCACUACUGCAAGAGAGCUUAGCCAAUCACAAGCAACAGAUGAUUACAAAAGUAAGCAAUUUAGAGAAGCAAUCUCAACGUAAUAUAAUGAAGGUUAAGCAGGAGUGUGAAGAAACUAUAAAACGCCAUCAGAAUUUUAUAGACCAGCUUAUAAACGACAAGAAGACGUUGAACCAUCGCAUAGAACAGCUGGUUGACGAGAGAAGGUCGCUGGAGGAGAGGUGGAAGAGGUCCGUGCAGACGUUAGAGGAACGCUACAAGCUGGAACUGCGGAAUCAACACGACAAGAUGGCUGCCGCACAACAGGUUGCCAGGCAACGAUGGGUUCGACAGAAGGCUGAGAAAAUUAAGGAGUUAACAGUAAAGGGCUUAGAAGGAGAACUAAGAGAGAUGGCGGAGCGUCAACAGAAAGAGAUAUCAGAUCUGAGGAUGUCGCACGCGGAGCAACUCGGGAAGACGCAGGCGAAGCACGCCGCUGAGCUGGAACUGCUAAGGAGGAACUUGGAGGAGGAGAAGGAGGAAGCGCUUGUGAAGGAGAGGCAGCUAGCCAGCUCCAGACUGGAGAAGCAGAUGUUAGAAAUAGAACUGACAUACCAAGAACAACGCACGCGGCUCGUGUCGGAACUGCGAGGGGAAAGCGAACGCGCGGCGCAACACCUCGCCGACAGGGAACGAGAACAGAAAGAAGAAAUCGAGAAAUGGAAAGAAGAACAAGAGACUUUGCUACAAAAGAAACGCGAAGAAUUGGAUAAGGAAAUCGCAGAAGAAAAAGCAAGGAUUGAGGAAUUACUCAAACAAAAACGCAUUGAACUGGAGGAAGAGUUUCAACGAUACAAGAAGGAGUUCGAAGCGGAGCAGCAAAUUGUUUUGAAGAAGAAAGUGACAGAGAUAUCGGCGCAGCACAAGUUAGAGCGAGACAGGGAGAUAGAGAAAGCCAUAGAGAGCAUGGAGGCCGAGGCUCAGGCGGGAAGGAGAGAGCUGCAGGAAGCCUUGAGAAGGAACAAGGAGCAGUACGAGACAGAGUUGAAGGAGCUGGGGCAGACAGAACAAGCCACGCUCCGCAGGUACCAGGAGGCGCAGGCGCGUGUGCGGCACACGGAGGACCGAUGCGCUGAAUUGGAAGUAACAAUCGGUCAGCUGGAAGCGAGAAAUAAAGUACUUACAGAGAAAAACAUCCAAUUGGAUAGUCAAGCGGAGGAGGUACGCGCGAGCUGCGAGGCAGCAUGGCGCGCAAAGCUGGACACACUGACCAAGGAAACCGAGGAUAUGAGACACAAACAUGAUGAGCAGAUGCAUCAGCUCUACGCCAAGGUGAAAGUAGCUGUGGCCAAGAAGGACUCCACCAUUCAGGCGUUGACGAGAGAAGCCGCCAAGUACCAGGAGAAGAUAACUUUACUGGAACAGAAGCUGCAGCAGCAGAGGAAAGAUUUUCUCAAACAAAAAUGAUUUGAUCCUAAAAUAAUGAUACGAUUUAUUUGAUAACUUUAUAAGCGUUUUCUAAGUGCAAGAAUUUGUCGAAUAUUUUAUUUUAUGACAAUUUGAGGAUAUUUUUUUUUGUUUCUAUUUUAUCUAGAUUCUAGAACUUUAGAAUACUAAUGAUUCCUUUCUUAGACCAAAAUGUGCAAAAUAAGUGGCCACACAUCGUUAGUAUGUCGAAGUGACCACAAGCUAAAGAGUAAUAAUUUGCCUAGUUUUAAUGGAUGGAAGGAUGUACAGAAAAAAAUGGUUCUUUUUACUAGCCAUCCCCUCCCCCGUCAAAUCCACUUCAUUUUUCCAUCCAUUCUUUAUAAAAAGCAUUGGCGGGUAUACGAGUACCGAUUGGAUUUGGUACGGUUUUUAGGUUUUAUAAUGUUUUUAUUAUUUUCAAUUACAAUAAUUUCGUAUGUUAUUU